AUGCAUCGUGUUUACGCAAUUGUGGAUGAUCAGUGCAACCAGACUCUUGCAUCUCCAGAGUUAUUCAAUGCCUUGAACAUUACUUCCUUACCAAUUCAUUACACUCUCACAACUUGUUCGGGAAAAACGGCUCUCAACGGUCGGCAGGCGUUAGGACUGAAAAUGCGUUCAUUUGACACAUCUGUAACAAUGGAGCUUCCUCUUUUGAUGGAAUGUGAUGACAUCCCCAAUGAAAUGUCCGAAAUUCCUACACCGGAAGUUGCAAACAGUUACCCGCAUCUACGUAUGAUUGCACCAAGCAUUCCAGAGUUUGAUGGGAAUGCAAAGAUACGACUUCUCAUUGGUAGAGACUUAAUUGAAGCCCAUCACAUUAAAGAACAAAUCACUGGACCUCGUGGACAACCAUUUGCGCAAAGAACUGGUCUUGGUUGGGCAAUUAUUGGCGAAAUUUGCCUUGGGAGACUUCACAAACGAACUACAGUGAAUGUAAACAAAGUCUCUGUUCUCAACAAUGGAAGUGUAACUUGCAGCCAAUUGUGUAAAAAUCAUAUUGAAGUGAAAGAGCAGAUGUCAGCUUCUAGCUACAUCAUUGGAAAUCGUGACUUUCAUUUCCGUGGUGACAAUGUCUUCAUGAAAACCCCUGACGAUGAUCGGACUGGUUUGUCAGUAGAAGACAGGAUUUUCCUAAAGUUAAUGGAUACGUCAUUCACUAAGGACAAGGACGGCCUAUGGACCGCACCUCUUCCCUUUAGGGAGAACCAUCUUGAUUUACCUAACAAUAGAACUCAGGCUCUACGUCGAGCUCAGAUUCUACACUCUAGUCUGCAGAGAGAUCCCGAGAAAAAUGAACAGUUUGUGAAGUUUAUGGAGAAAGUUCUGAACAGUAGAGCAGCAGAAGUUGCACCGCCCCCUACACCAACUAGUUGUUGGUACUUACCUUUGUUUGGCGUUCGACACCCAAGGAAACCGGCACAAAUCAGAGGCGUCUUUGAUUCGUCAGCUAUGUAUGGUGGAAUAUCUCUCAAUUCGGUGCUCAUUUAUGGUCCAGACAUGAUCAACAGCCUGCUCGGGAUCUUACUUCGCUUUAGGAAGGACGAAGUGGCCAUGGCAGCUGAUACAGUCGAAAACGCUGAUCCUGAUGUGAAAGACUUUGUAAUUCACAACUUCUACGUUGAUGAUGGGUUAAUCUCAUUACCUAAUGAAUCUGAUGCUAUCAGCCUGAUGAAGCGUACACAGUCAACCAUGAAAAGUGAGGGUCAGAUACGUCUUCACAAAAUCACAUCUAACAAACUAGCUGUAAUGGAAGCCUUUGAUGUUAGUGAUCAUGGAUAA